UGAACCGGAUCUCCCUGCUAUAGUGGCUCAGCUGUUGAAGUCUCCCCCUAGCGGCGGGUCUCCGCACUGCAGGYAGCAGCUCUGCCCUUCUGUCAGGUUCCAGACUGCCGAGCUGAUUCCUCUGGUGUCAGCGGGUUGCUUCCUCCUGUUACCUGUCGUGUGCUGCCGGGAAAACUACUUCACAACCUCUGGAUAAAUUAUCAACCARGGGGAUGAUUCCGCCACCGAUAAAAGGUUGAUGUUUCCUCGCCGGGCACCCGCAGGGURGCUUUCAAGCCUGGCCGCCUCUGCCUCGCUCCCCCUGUCGGCCUCCUGACUGAUCCCCUCCAGCUCGGUUAGAGAGUCUCUGCAGGACCGCAUUGCCAUGGAUACCGAGUCCAACUACUCGGGCUAUUCCCACUACUCCGGGCGCUCCCGGGGAUCCCACCGGCACGGGGAACGAAGCCGGGAUCGACACAAAUCUCGCAGCAAAGACAAUCGCUCAGAAAAGUCAGUCACGAUCAACACGCCGCCGGCGGAGCCGCUGCUGGGCGACUCGACGGCUCGAAGCGAGCAGGCUCAGGAUGACAACUGGGGCGAGACCACCACGGCCAUCACCGGCACGUCGGAGCACAGCCUCUCUCAGGAGGACAUCGUGCGCAUCACCAAGGACCUGGAGGACAGCGUGGGGCUCGACUGCCGCCGAUACUUCGCACGGACUGUGGCCGUGAUCCUGGGCCUGCUAGUGUUCCUCACGCCGUUGGCCUUCCUGGCGCUGCCACGCAUCCUGUGGCCGGAGAAGCUGAAGAACUGCGGGACGGCCUGCGAGGGUCUCUUCAUCUCCGUGGCCUUCAAGCUGCUCAUCCUGCUGCUCGCCGUUUGGGCGCUCUUCUUCAGGCCGCCGCGGGCCGGACUCCCGCGCGUCUUUGUGUUCCAGGUCCUCCUGGCRGUGCUGGUGUUCCUCCUCGUCGUCUCCUACUGGCUCUUCUACAGCGUCCGGAUCCUCGACUCUCAGGACGAGAACUACCAGGGCGUGGUCCAGUACGCCGUGUCGCUGGUGGACGUGCUGCUCUUCAUCCACUACCUGGCCGUGGUCCUGCUGGAGCUCCGGCAGCUCCAGCCAUGCUUCUCCGUGUGCGUCACACGCUCCACGGACGGAGUCACCAGGCACUACAACCUGGGCCAGCUCAGUAUUCAGAGGGCAGCUCUGGCCGUCGUGGAGCACUACUACAGCGACUUCCCCAUCCACAACCCGGCGCUGCUUUCUGCCUCCAAGAACCGUGCUGCCAAGCACCUGGCCGGCCUCAAGGUCUACAACGUGGACGGUCCGGGGAACAACACGUCAGCYGGACUCGUCCAGUCCCAGUCCAGGGCCAUGAUCGCUGCCGCCGCCCGCCGCCGGGACACCAGCCACAACGAGCUGUACUACGAAGAGGCAGAGCAUGAGCGGCGAGUCCGCAAACGGAAAGCACGACUGGUGGUAGCGGUCGAGGAGGCCUUCACCCACAUCAAGCGCAUGCAGGACGAGGAGCAGAAGAAGGCUCCGGGCGACGUGAUGGACCCACGGGAGGCGGCGCAGGCCAUCUUCCCCUCCAUGGCCCGGGCCCUGCAGAAGUACCUGCGGACCACCAAGCAGCAGCACUGCCACAGCAUGGAGAGCAUCCAGCAGCACCUGGCCUUCUGCAUCACCAACAACAUGACGCCCAAGGCGUUCCUGGAGAGCUACCUGACGCCGGGCCCCAGCCUGCGCUACGCCCGGGACCACUGGCGGGCCCGUCAGUGGACACUCAUCAGUGAGGCGUCYGUCACCAGCGGCCUGAAGGACGGCUCCACCUUCCUGCUCAAGUGCGUGGACUUCAGCCUGGUGGUGACYUCCAAGAAGAUCCCCUACAUCCAGAUGUCCGAGGAGUACAUCGACCCCAAGUCUCACAAGUUUGUCCUGCGGCUACAGUCCGAGACCUCCGUGUAGGGCCGGCCUGCGUCGCGCUCAGAAGUUUUUAUUCUCGGUUUGAAGCUUUUAUUUGUACUUUUGUCUUUUUAUACACACAAACAAAUGUCUAUGUGGCGCACGCCUCUCAGUCGUUGAGAUUUUAAUGUUGGUCAAAAAGAAGAAAAGUUUCAGGAUUUUUGCGGGUUGUGUGCUGACGUACAGGACUGAGACAAAGACGUCGCAGAGGACUGAUGRAUCAGGACAGACCUGAAUCAGAUUCACAGAAACACCUCGAGCUGCAGUGUUCUUUCCUUUGACUACUUCUCCUGGUGCCAUUUUAGCAGAACUCUAACCAGGCUGAACCCAGAAUCAGCUGCAUUAUUAGGAGACUCUUCUCCUGCAGUAAUCCUCUCAGGYCUUUUGUGUCUGACGUGACGAGACAAGAGCUGGGACUUCUGAAAUCUAUAAAAAAAAACGACUACUGAUUCCCCCGGAGCACGUUUGGCUUCAUGUAGCAGCAGAUUUAUAUAAAAUAAAAUGAAAUGAAAGACUGUUUCUGAAGCUCAAACGUUCAUUUUGAUUGUUUCUUUUUCAAAGCCUCAAUGUGUUUGUCCAACUGGCAAAAAAAAAUUAUUCCUUUAUGAUUGUUUUCACAUUAAAAUGCAAAAAUGCAGGUGAUAUUUCUCUCUUUGAAGGACCUCAGGUGGGUUAAUAUUUACAUUCUGAUCUGACUGUCGAGCUAAAGGCUAACUGAAGUGUGGCCUGAACAGGAAGUUCAAACAAAACCUGGGGGGCGGUUGAGCCCAAAGGAAAAUCUGAACGAUAAAACCACAACUUAACUUGUUUUUUGUUUGUUUGUUUUUUGCUUCUUUUUUUAACAKAACAGCUGAAGCCGCUGCAGACAGUCCACUCAUAAUCACACCUGCAGAGUGAGGGACACACUGAAGUGUAGACACACACACACACACACACCUGAGGCGAACUGUGCUCAUGGAGAAGGGGCUAAAGCCUCUCAGCUGGUCUGGGAACACCUUGGAGUCCUCUCAGAACAGCUGGCUGUGGAAAGCGGUGAGAUGAAAUAACUUAAUGAACCCCUUUUCAUAAAUUCACCUGUAGGCUUAAAUCUGUAACAUAUGUCUUCUUGACAUAAAAUCAAUACUUUAGCAGUUAGCUCUUUAAUCAGGUCAAAAAAAUUAUUUUUAUUUAACCAGAGGUUUAUUAAAGUGCCAUCUGCCACAGGUAAGAUAUUAACUGUUCGUAGCAGUUAAAACAAUCCAAAGUUCCUUGAGUCAUGAGUGUAAACGAGCUUCAACGAACACACCUGUGUGGAUAUUUACUGAGUUUAAAGCAGGAUGUUUCAUUCAGUGUCAUAAAUCAACAYCAGGAGGAGGAGGAGGAGGGAGGUGGAACCUCCUCACAACUGGACCGUCUGGUUUURCCCUCCAGGUCGGUUCCUCUUCAGAUCUAUUUUCCAUUUGAUUCACUUUUUUUUUUUUAGGUAAAGUCAGAAAAAUCAGYCUAAAUUAGUGCAAACAGGAGAGCUGAUGUUUCCGCUAUAACAGAAUAAAAUCACUGAGGUGUCGCUCAAACAGGAAGUGUCCUCUGCUGCCCUCUGCUGGUAAAACCCAGUACUGUUGCUGAUCGUUCACUCAAACAGCAUUUUAAAAUGUUUAUUUGUUAACAAAUGUUAACAUUUACAAAAUGAUUAUGUCAGAUUGUAUGCUGGAUUUGAUUACGUGCAGUGUUUCUGUGCUGUGAUUGGUUGAUCUGACUCAAUCCGGCACUGACGAGGUUUUGCGUUUUACUCCCAGAUUAAUAACGCUGUAUUCCUGAAAACAAGCACCUGUAUGUGUGUUUGUGUCAUUCUAGUCCCCCAACCCCCCUUUCUCCUCUUCAUCGUCCAUCAUCUGCCUCACUGUUGCCAGGCUACAGGCCUCUGUCACGGCUCUGUGUCUGAUGGGCAGCUCUCUGAUGACAACUGUUUGAUAUUUGUAAGAAAACAGAAAUAAACAUUUUUAUGGGCGUUUGUAAAA